AUGUUAAACAAGAUUAGCGCCAGCCAACAAGAAGCAUCCCCGCCACCGCUGAUCCCCCGGACAUCACCACCACGCUAUCGCCCACCGUCGCCCACAAUGUCCACUGCUUCCCUCCCCAUGUCUACCACCACCGCCCCCACCUACCAAAUCUUUGCGCAGGAGCAGUAUACCGUCUUUGUCUAUGAUGGAGGACGCAGCGACCGACGAAUCCGUCUCGGCCAGGAGUUGAUUCUACAUGAAUCGACGCUGGCGCGGACACUCGACCCCUUCCACGGACGUGUCACACGAACCCUCAAGUUUCAGGAGGAGUGGGUAAUAGUCGAGGUCUGCGGCAUCAGGAACCCGAAGCACCGGCUCGGUAUGGCAGUACGCUAUCGGCAGCUGGGAGGAUGGAUCUGGUAUGGCGCAAGGGUGGUACGAGGACUUUUGUGGACAUUUUGCAGCCUCUCCCCCAACAACUUCAGUGUUCCCCUCCCCGCACACUACCAGCUCCCGUUCAGCUACGAGCUGCAGCUCCGUCCUCGCCCCGCCAAUAGCACCGUGUCGAGUUUUGGAUCUGUACACUGGAAGUAG